UAGUAAAGAGCAGUUGGGAGCAAACAUUGCGCGGAUCUUGAGAAAUGUCAUAAAUCAUAUUUUGUGUAAUAAAUCUCGUUAUAAUUGUUUAUGACAGAAACUUGAAAGUAGAUAACUAGAGUCUUUCCUUCACAUGCCUUUCGCCCUUAGCAAUCACUGCAUCAAAAAAAAAACUAGUGAUACAGUCAAGGUUUUAGAAUAGAAAUGUCGGUUAACCACCGAAAGAGAGUGAAAUGGCCAUGGAUGUCAAAACUGGGUCAACAAACGCUAAAAUAUUGAGACGGCACUCCCUGGGCUGUCUACAUAAACUCGAUUGAAGCAAAUCCAAAGCAUCACUUGUUCCAUCCAUCCACUGAAAUCAACAUGAAGCUGUUCGUCGUAGCCGCUCUUCUGGCCGUUGCCAUCGCUGCCCCGUCCAGCUACAAACCGGAAUACAAAGCCCCUAGCUACCCUACACCGAGCUAUUCCGCACCUGGCUAUAACAAGGAUAAUAAAUACGGUGAAAUCACCGUCACUAACCAAUCUGAUGAACGAAAUCUCGAUGGCAGCAGCCAAUUCAGCUAUGCCCAAUCCGACUACACUACCCGUGAAGAAUCUCAAGUACAAAAGAAGAUGCAAGGAGUCACCUACGACUCGUAUGGAAAAGAAUCGUAUGGUGAAGUCCUUGCCAACACCAACAAAGGAUCUUCCUACUGGAUCUCCCCCGAAGGCCAAAAGUUCACUUUGACCUGGGUUGCUGAUGAGGCCGGUUUCCAACCCAAGGGUGACCAUUUGCCCGUUGCCCCCGUCCACGUCUACGAGCUCCCAGUUGCCCCCGUCCAUGAGUAUGAACUUCCUGUAGCUCCUGCUCUACCUUACUCUCGCACUGGACCCGGAUACUAAUUCCCCAUUUUCAGUUGAAGAUCAUAAGAAAUCGUAUUUACGACAGGAAACUUACGUCUUGUAAUUUAUAAAUGUCAAAUUAUAUAUUAAUAUCUUUUUA